AUGGCGUUCGAAGAGAUGACGACCAAGGAGAAGGAGAUCCUCGCCGACCCGCCCAAGCCGGCGUCCAAGGGCAGGAAGACGCGCGUCGACGAGCGCGCGCUGCUUCGCGCCGACCCGAUCGCCAAAGACGCCGACAUUGCAGCCCUGCUCAAAGAAGUGAAUGGGACACCACUCGAGAAAGCGUCGCGCGCCAAGCCGAGCAACAACGACGAGGUGGACAUGAGCGACGGUCGGCGAAAGGACAAGGUCGUGGCGCCCAAGCCCAUUCCAAAGGCGAAGCGGCUGCACAUGAACGGGAUCCUCCACGGCCUCCCGAUCCCGUCCGAGUACAAGCUCAGCACGACGACCAAGGAGGCGUUCGGCUACGACGCCGAGAUGAAAAUGCUCAACCGCGAGAAGGACAUGAGCCACUUCCGGAAGCGCGACACGUACUCCGAGUAUGUCGAAGCGCGCGCCCGCUUUAGCAAAAUGCACAGCGUCACCUAA